UUAACACGGCCUAGAAAUGCAAAAUGUACGUCAGUUACCUUCAAAUAUUCGUUGUCAUUGGAAACACUGAAUAUCUAUUUGCUGCUAAAGCUGCUUUCUGACAAUCAGACAGAUUGACCCUUUUACUUAAAAAUCAGAAGCAGAAGUCCAGCAACAUUGCAGAGAGCUGCUGGGAGAUGCUGCUGAUUGUGGUGCUUCUGUUUCACCGCAUCGUUACAGCUGGGGCCUGUCUGCAGUGUGAUCGCUCCAUCAGGAACAUGCAUGAGGACUUCAUCCUGUCUGCUUCCUCCGUAGAUGAACAAAUUACUUUGCAAAUGAUUGCCGACCAAGCCUAUGUCUCAUACAGGGAAACAAGUCGGAGUCGAAAGGGAGUCAUUGAUCCAACCACUUUGUACAGAGCCAAAACUGAGUACGAGAGUGAAUUCCACCGCUUCUUGAAUGGUCCUCAUGUUGGGCUUCUAAAAUACGAAGCCAUUGAGAUCAUGGAUAAAGGCAGUCAUAUAUUGGAGAAACACUUGGAAGCUUUCAUCCCUAAAGAACUUUGCCCCAACAAGUGUGGGCUUCUCAAUAGAAGAGUAAUGGAUUGUAUCUCUUGCAAGUACAAGACAUACAUCUGUCCAGCUCCGUCAGGCCAGCUGGACUGUGAUGUGCAUCUGGUGCAGGCAGAGGAGGAAGGCCAAGCGGUAUUGAACUGCUUCCUUCCGUGGCAUCGUUUCCUUCUGGGAAGACCAGAGUAUCACUACUCCAGGGCUAUUGGAGAGCCAGACGCCAUAAAGGACUUCCAGCUGUUGGUGGUGACACAAGACGCAUCUAUAGUCCUGAAUCAGCUUCAUUUGGAUGAGCAAGGAACAUAUCGCUGCUCUCUGCAAGAUGAAAAUGGAGCCGUCUACUAUCGAGCCUCUUUCCUGCUCACAGUCGAGCCUUUGCGUCUUCAGACCCGCCAACCCUUCGUCACUCUGCCCCCACUGGCUCAUGGCGUCUACUCUCCUACAGAGACCCGGCUUGUGGUACUCAUUGUCGUGGUUACAACACUGAGCCUGGCAGCGAGCGUAGGCUUCAUAGUUCUCCUGAGGAUGAUGAUAAAUCGGCAGAAAGAAGUCAAAGACUUGAGGAUCAAAAGGAAUGGCAAACACAGAAAGGCCACAGUAUGAUGUAUACAGUUUCACAGGACGGGAAAGGUUUCCUCACUUCCGUUUCUAGAUUUUACGUUGUGAUCAAAUAGAUUUUCCAGCAUGAAGUGUCAAGUCAUGUCUAGAAAUGAUGUGAAAGUUUGAAUGGGUCUUAGUGGGCUGGAAAAAAGAUAAGUCACUCUAGAGUUGUAGAUCUUGUUUUUAUUUGGAUCAGGUGUGAGCUGACAGAAAGUUGGCAGAGGAACAAAAGCAGAAAUUGCUCUCCACUGAGUUAUUUCAGCUGCACUCAGACAUUUACAUUCACAUAUGAUCUGCAUAAAUAACAUACUAAUUUGGGACUUUGAUGAUUUAUUUUGAACUCUGUUUUUGAGGGUGGUACGAGUCUUCAACAAAUAACUUCAGCUAUUUUUAAAAACAAGAAUUAGGUGAGUCACUUUGAUUUUGUAGAGGACCUUCUUUAAUCCACAGAGGGUCUAAAUUUUAAAUACAGCGACCAUCAGCAAACUCCUGGCAUAUUUCAGGGGGUGGGAGGGUUAUGAUUGUUUUGUUUCCUGGCACCCUGGAUCAUAUGUAUAUAAAACACAUUUUCAUAUAAUUGAAGGUCAGUGAUUUGAGGGACUGUCCCAGAGAAAUUAAGUCAGUCUCUGUUACUGACCCCAAAAUCACUUUUGGGUUAUUGUGCAAUUAAAAAACUUCUGGGUCAAGUUUCAACAUGACCCAAACAGUGAUCCAUAUGAAAUCGGUCAGGAACAACUCAGAAACCAACAAAGCAAAAGUCUCUCAUAAACUAAAAGAUCUAAAGACACCAGUGUUAAUGCCCAGAGCUAACCAAGUUUGACAUUAAAAUGCAUUAAAGGUGACCAAAGCACAGUAGUGACAGCAAAGGACUUUGGGACUGUUUUGCAUUAAAAGUAUAUGUGAAUAAUAAAGAUAACCUACAAAUCUUACAGUUUUACAUUGAAGCUUACAAACGUAAGAACAAAAUGCCAUCUGUCAAGCCAGGUGUUGGAAGCGUCAUGCUGUGGGUUUGGUAAUGAAGACAGAAUAACCUCUAAAAUUCAUAAACUUUAGUGAAGUUUAAACGGUGAAACUUUGACACAGUUGGAUGUUCCAGAGGAACAAAAGCAUUCAAACAUAUCAAAACUGCUUUAAGAAUUGGUAAAGCAGCCCAACAUUAAGCUCCUGGAAUAACUUUCAGUUCUACAGAAAGUGUGUGGACUAUGUAUAGAAGCCAAAUCCGUCCAAGCAAAUCAUUCAAAUUAUAUGAGUCCUUCUGUUUCCCCAAAAGGAGGAAAUUCAGACAGAUUUUUACCAGGAAACUGAUGAUGACUACACUGAAAAGAGAAAACAGGUGAUCAUAAAAUGUGUUAACUGGUCACAAGUAAUCAACUUAAGUUUAUGCUGUGGUGGCGCAGGGUUAAAGCACGACUCAUGUACGGAGGCCUUAGUCCUCAACGAGGCCAUCACAGGUUCGAGUCGCGAUCCGAUGACCUUUGGGAAUUCCCACUCUCAAACAAAGGUCAAUUGUGUAAGGAUUUGGUUUUCUCUGUGUUGAUUUGAGUUUGUCUGUGUGUUUAUUUUGGGUUUCUGUGUCUUUUGUCUACUUGAUGGUUCCCAGGUGUGUCUCGUUCCAUGAUUACCCUCUGUGCAUUUAAUGCCACCUGUGUUUCUGUGUCUUUGUCUGUCCUUGUCUUACCUGUCUGUCUGCUCACUCUGUUGUCUUCAGUUCGAGUCCGGUCACUGCCAGUGUGAGUCGUUGCCUCUGCUCACCUGUGCUGUCUGGAUUAUUGAGACUUUCAUCAUUAAAUCAUCUUUAUUCACUUCAA